AUGGCCGCAGCGCCCGCUGUGCAGGAGCUGUAUGCGCUCAGUGAGCUACAGAGUCUUCUGCCCGUGGGUGCCCGGGGCCGUAUCAAGCGGCUUCGAAGCAUCGAUGCGCACAAAGGUGCCACCCUAACUGCCCUGCUCUGGGACCGCCAACAACCCAUCAUUUAUUCUGGAGAUGCCGCACCAAGUUUACAGCGCCAGCAAGGUUAUACAAGCAGUCCACCAACCGCAAGUGAUACUGCUACCCAGCCUCCGCCCCCCAAAAAGCCGAUCGCCACACCGGCGGAAGCAAAGGCCGAACCCCAGCCUGCAGCCGCCAAAGAUUCAGACAAAGCAGCCACGCUCAACAAUGAACCCAUCUCAAGGGCUGCCUCUCAAGCUGAACCUAAUUCAAGCACGACAGGACCCCUCAAAGAGCGCGCCACGAGCUCUGAGAACGAAGAUAGCACUACCACCGAAGCCAAACCUGCGGUACCCACGCCCAGCAAGGCUGAGCCACAGCCCACAGCAGAAGCUUUGCAUGAACAUGUGCCCGCACCCUCGGCGACCGUACCACCCGCGAGUGCGCCCCCCGUGACCACACCCGCUGUGCUCAAGACGAAAGCCACGAGCCGAAAGUACUCAUCUGAUGACGCGCCGAUUAGCACACCUGCGGUUGAAGAAGCGGGCGUGCUUAAAAUUGUCAAGGUGAAAAAGGCAAAGGCCAAAAAGAGCAAGACCAAGCCUGCUCCGCAAGAAAAUGCCUCUUCGACCAAAGUGGUUGGCAGCAAGUCGGAGCCGAAUGCAACGGCCCAGGCCGCCAUCCCUGCAUCUUCGAGUGGGGAUGUUUCCUCGACAGACUUGUCCGCUCAAGGAGCUGGGAAUUCAGAAGCCGGCGACAGUGCAGGGACUACGCCCAGAGCUGAGGCCGAUGCGGUGCCACAACUUGAGAACAAGUCUGAAACGAACAUCAACAACAUGGAUGCCGAGCCUGAGACGAAGCUUGAAGCUGAAGCCGACUUGGUUGCUGAGCCCCAGCCCGAGUCGAAGUCUGGACACGAAGUUGCGUUGGUGGCUAUCCCUGCGACUGAACCUUCCACCGAACAUGCGUCCAAGCUUGAGCUUGAUUCCAAGGUGGAGCCUAUUGAAAAGACUGAGCCCAAGUCUCAGCUCGAAACGGCGCCCGCCAUUGAGCCUGUGCCCGAACCUGCCCCUGAACCUACCAUUGAACCUGUCCCUGAGACUGCCACUGAGACUAUUCCUGAGACUGCCACAGAGACUGCUCCUGAGACUGUUCCUCUCGCCACUGAGACCGUCCCUGAGACUAUUCCUGAGACCGUCCAUGAGACUAUCCCUGAGACCGUCCCUGAGCCUGAGCUUGUCGCCGAGCCCAAGAAAAGUAAUCAAGUCGAGCCCCAGGCUCCAUUCAAGCUUGCCAGCCCCGAGUUUCAAACCGACCCUCAGGCCGAGGCCGAGGCCGACUUGACAAGUGAAUCCACUACGACGCCCAAGAGCCAGCACCUCGGCACCGAAGCAAACACCAAGGCCAAUCUCAAGCCAAAACCCGAUUUGAAGCCAAAGCCUGAGAUGAAGAACGAUGAUCCAGUCACGGCAGAUGAGCUUGAGACUCGAGGCUCGCCCGAGGUUGCACGCCCUGAGGUGAAUGACUCGGCUCGGCUGGUCUCCGCCAGCAAACCCGAGACACACUGCCCCACUGAGCCUGUCAAAGCCACUACUGCACCUCUGGAGGAACGAAUUGAGGCCUCUGUGCCGGAGGUCUCGACGUCCAAGGUCACCGAGGUUGUCGACCAGGCCGAAGAUGCCGAAUCAAAACCGGCCCACAUCAAAACCAAACAGGAUGGCAAUACCAGCAAGAAAAAGAAGAAGAAGAAGAAGAAGGGCAAAACUGAUGCACCGCCAUCUCCUGACCCUGCUGUGGGUAUGCAAGCACCCAAGAGUGACGAUGCAGCGCCGGCCACCUUGGCCUCGUCUGAUUCAACACCCACAUCUGCAGUGCCAUCAGAGGCCACGAGGCGCCUCGAGGGUGAGCAGAGCGUUCAGCACGAGGCGACACCUCUUGUUUCGGAGACACCGGAGGAGCCCACUCAAACACCGACUGGAGCCGAUGCAAAACUUGAUGUUGUCAUGAAUGCGCCUGCUGGAGGAGCCAGCCCAGCGGCAGCCUUGGACGCCUCUGCGCCGGUUGAGCAGGUGCUGGACGCUGAGUCUUAUGAUGAUCUGCUGGACCAGACCAUCAUAGCUGAGAAUGCACCACUAGCAAUGCCGGAUAGUCCACAGCCAACAAGCCCAGAACCAAUUGCUGAAGUCAAGACGUCAGCCCCCGGCAUGGAGGCGCCGCAGCCGGGGAAUCCCGAGCCUGAGACCUCAACGGUGUGCCAGAGCACCCCUCUUGAGGACGCUACCCCACUUGCAACCGCUCCAUUGACCUUGAUGUCGGAUGUCGGCGAAAGCUUGGGGGAUGUUGCAACCGAUGACAUAAUGAAGACGAAAACCAAGACAAAGCGCAAAAAACGGCGCCCCAAAGCUCAAGUCGAGCUCAUCGAUACUUCAGGCUCUGCUGUCAAGGAGCAGGCAGAAGCCGACCGACAGGCUGUGGAGCGUGAGAGCUUGGUGGCCAAGUUCGUGGGCGCCGUCAAGGACCUCAACACUCGCCAUACGCAAGCGGUGGAUGUACUGCUUGCAGACACAUUGCUCGAGGCGGAUGCAUUAUAUGAAGGCCUGGGCCGCUACUGGACUGCCCUUCUCGAGGCUCUCACGACUUUUGAGGAGGAGCGUGUGGCGCUUACCUUUGCAGCAGGGGACCUGCUGGGUGAUGCUUUGCAUCGCCUGCAGAGCGCCCGCUCCAACUGGCUGGGAGGACAGCAACUGCUCCACAUGGCGCUCAGCGCGCAUGCCUACAAUAAUGGGCAGGCAAAUGAGACACUGUGUGUAGCUGCUUGUCGUCGCGUGGCCGCCUUUUGCAACCCUCAAGAGUUGUACGCCUUGGCCAAUGAUUACGAUUGGGCACUGCUACACGCUUUCCUGGGGGAGCAAACCAGUGACCAGCGACACGAGGAGCAGGCCUUCGUCAAUGGCUUGCUGCUGCAGAGCAAUGCCGUGGAACGCUUGCGUGAGGUUGCCGCAGACGUUACACGCACCACCCUGGUUCAAGCUUUGGCUGUGCUACUGGCCAGCGACGGCCAGCGCGAGGCUUGCAUUGAUUUAUGGUGUGAGCAAUAUCCGGCAAUCUCAUAUGCUGACCUUGGACCCCAGGUAGCACCCGAGAAUACCCCGGCCGGAGAUGCGCUCCUUUGGCGCUAUUGGCAGACUGUCCUCGUGCGGUUUCCGCACGCAUGGACUGAUCCCAAUCUGGAGGCCACCCUUUUGCGCCGCGCCUUUACGCACCCACAGAAUCCAGCUCUCGCCGAUGUGUGUGCAGCCCCUACCGCGGCGGACCAUAGCUCACAUUGGGACUCUGGCCGUGCUGACGCGAGUGCCUUGGCGGAGGAAUUGGCAGCAGCAAGACCAGUGGCCGGGAGUCACCGGUUAGCAUGGACCUUUGGGCCAACCUUCGACCUUAUCCGAGAUGCUUACGCCAAUUUAUCCCAGGCAGUCCAAGCACGCAUGCUGCGCGUGCUGAUCCGCCAUGGCUGCUGGGCUUGGGCCGUCCCUUUGAUUGAGGAUUCGUGUUUACGACUACAGCUUACCGUGGGACUUGAGGAGCCAUCGUGGCUAUUGACGGGCACGUGGAGCGAUCAGGAGUGGCAACACGUGCUGAGCCAGGUGCUGCGGGAGCAAUCCGUACAUUGGCCGUGGCUGGAGCGCCAGGCCCGAUGGGUUUUGGGCUUGAAGCGUGCGACACGUCUUCUGGGCCUCGUUUUGCAAGACUCGACGUGCACUGGCUUACCUGCGGCACAAGAUGCGGCCAUGCGGCAUUUGCUCUACACGUGGCAAGCUGCACCUUCGGCUGCUGCCCUGAAGCCGUCGCAAGCAGACUUGGCUGCUGCCGUGGACACAUACCUGUGGAACCUGCGCCCCGUCACAGCACCCCCUGCUCUGCUGGCUGCGUUUGAAGGAUCGAGCACAUCGCCCAAUGAGUCAUCCGUUUUGACCCCACCUACGCUUGAGGAUGGGGGCUGCCACGUCGGCUUGCCCUGCAUGGUGGGGCAUGCUGUGUGUCAGGUUUGUGGCUUGGCGGCCGCCCAUGACGACGUGCGAAGUGCAGUGGAGGUGUUUGCCGGUGGUGGCGUUAUCCAUCGCAUGUGCUUGCCGACUCUGCCAUGA